AUGAAGCAGCAGGUGUUCUGGACGGGGCUGGAAUACACAUGUCGGCUCCUGGGCAUCACCACCGCUGCAGUGCUGAUCGGCGUGGGCACUGAGACCUUCCUCCGGGGACAGUUCAAAAGUCUGGCUUUCUAUCUGCUGUUUACAGGAGCUGCCGUCUCUGUGAGCGAAGGGGCCUACUUUGUGGCUCAGCUGCUGUCCAUCUGCUUCCAGUGUCAGCCAGGGUCCCUGGCCUACAGAGCAAGAGAGAAGGCCCACUGGCUGGGCUGCUUCCAGAGGUUCCUGGCCUACAUGCUGCUGUCGGUGGCCUGCUUCCUCCACCCUGUCCUGGUCUGGCACGUGACCAUCCCAGGCUCUAUGCUCAUCAUCACCGGUCUGGCCUACUUCCUGCUGAGCAAGCGGAAAAAGAGCAAAGCUGCAGCAGAGGCGCUGGCCCCCCCAGAGCAGUACACAGACCCCUCCAGCAGUGUGGUCAGCACCACCGGCUCUGGGGACACCGAGCAGACCUACACCUUCCACGGAGCCCUCAAGGAGGGACCCGGCUCCCUCUUCAUCCAUGUGAAGAGCAUCCUGAAGGGGACGAGGAAGCCCAACGCCCUCCGACACCCGGACACCCUGACGGAGCUGACUCUGGAGCCGGCUGACUCGCUGGCCAAGAAGAAGCAGGUGCACUUCGAAGACAGCGUGGUGAAAAUCAUCCCGGCCCUGGCAGAAGGCCCGGAUGAUGGGGACAGCGAGCCAGAGGAGACCACCUCUGACACCACCCCCAUCAUCCCGCCCCCCGAGGCCCCACUCUUCCUCUCUUCCCUCGCGAGCCCUGGCCUCUUCUGA